AUGCCCCCACGCAGAAAUCCUGCCACUGCUGCCUCUUCCACGGCGCCGCCCAAGCCGAAUCCCCCUAAAUUCCGCACAAAGGCCAAAGCCGAAGCAGUCGAAGACGAAGCGUCUGAGCCCCAAGGAGACGCAUUCGAUAAUUUGUUACAAAUAUAUUACAAGGGGAAACACUUGACGGACUCUAUCAGCACUGCGGAGGAUAAAUGGACGCUACUACCGGCGUUUUUGAAAGUAAAAGGGCUUGUGAAGCAGCACAUUGACUCGUUCAACUUCUUUGUGGAUGUGGAAUUGAAGCAAAUCGUGAAGGCGAAUGAGCGUGUGGUUAGUGAUGUGGAUCCGCAGUUCUUUUUUAGGUACACGGAUAUCCGAGUAGGUACGCCCGAGCGCCUGGAUAUUCAGAGCAAUGCCGAAAUCACCCCCAACGAAUGUCGAUUGCGCGAUCUUACCUAUGCUGCUCCGAUUUUCGUUGACGUUGAGUACAGCCGUGGAAAGCAGAUUGUACGGAGGAGAGGAAUGAACAUCGGGCGACUGCCGAUUAUGCUGAGGAGUAGCAAGUGUGUCCUGUCGAAUAAGAAUGAGUGGGAGAUGGCGAAGCUCAAUGAGUGUCCGUUGGACCCUGGGGGCUAUUUUGUUGUCAACGGUACGGAGAAGGUUAUUCUUGUCCAGGAACAGCUGAGCAAGAACCGUAUCAUUGUUGAAAAUGAUCCCAAGAAAGGAUUUGUUCAGGCAACCGUUACUAGUUCUACCCACGAGAGAAAAUCGAAAACCCACGUUAUCACUAAAAAAGGAUGCAUUUAUCUUCGACACAAUUCUAUCAUGGAAGAUAUGCCGAUUGUUCUGGUCCUAAAGGCUAUGGGUAUCCAAUCUGACCACGAGAUUCUCCUCCUCGUUGCUGGCACAGACAUGGUGUACCAGGAUAGCUUCUCCAUCAACUUCGAGGAGUGUUCGAAACUCAAGGUAUUCACACAACAACAAGCUCUUGAUUAUCUCGGGGCUAGAGCCAAAAAAGCAAGAAUGCCUCAAAAUGCGAUAAACAGACGACCACCAGCUAUGGAGGCUCUCGAAACUUUAGCAAAUAUAGUUUUGGCUCAUGUUCCUGUGGAGAAUCUCAAUUUCAGACCAAAAGCCUUGUAUUUGGCUUUCAUGACGAGAAGAGUGUUAAUGUGCAUGACCAACCCAGCGUUAGUGGACGAUAGAGAUUACGUCGGGAACAAACGUCUUGAGCUUGCUGGCCAGCUCCUGUCUUUAUUGUUUGAAGAUUUGUUCAAAAAGCUUAAUAAUGACAUGAAGAUGAACAUUGAUAAAAUUCUCAAAAAGCCUAGCCGAACGGAAGAGUUUGAUGCAAGCACCCUACUAGCCACCGGCGCCAACCUUAUUACACAUGGAAUGAAUCGUGCUAUCUCCACUGGCAACUGGUCUGUAAAACGUUUCAAGAUGGAACGUGCUGGAGUCACACAUGUUCUCAGUCGAUUGAGUUAUAUCAGCGCUCUUGGUAUGAUGACGAGAAUAUCAUCGCAGUUCGAAAAAACCCGUAAGGUCUCUGGUCCUCGUGCACUUCAGCCUUCCCAAUUUGGUCUACUGUGUCCAUCGGAUACGCCAGAAGGUGAAGCCUGUGGUUUGGUCAAAAACCUGGCCCUUAUGACACACAUCACGACAGACGAUGAAGAGGAACCGAUCCGAAAACUAGUGUUUGCGCUUGGUGCGGAAGAUGCAACAUUAGUAAGCGGGUACGAACUUUACGCGCCGGGGGCGUAUAUAAUAUUCAUCAACGGUACAGUCGUUGGUCUCACGAGGUAUCCGGCAAAGUUCCUGCAGAACUUUAGACGGCUAAGGCGAACGGGCAAAAUUUCCGAGUUUGUUAGCAUUUUCAUCAACCAACAUCACAAUGGUGUACACAUAGCGACGGAUGGUGGCAGGAUUUGUCGGCCAUUGAUCAUUGUUGAGAACAAGCGGUGCAAAGUUACACCACGAUACCUCAAGUCACUCGCAGCUGGCCGCAUGAACUUCGAAGACUUCCUCAAACGUGGUCUUGUUGAGUAUGUCGAUUGUAACGAAGAAAACGAUGCGCACAUUGCCAUUUAUGAGCACGAAAUUACCGAGUCUACCACACAUCUUGAAAUUGAACCUUUCACCAUAUUAGGAGCCGUUGCUGGCCUCAUUCCAUAUCCUCACCACAACCAGUCUCCGCGUAACACUUACCAGUGUGCCAUGGGAAAGCAAGCCAUUGGAGCCAUCGCGUAUAAUCAGUUCUUACGAAUAGAUACUCUGCUUUACCUUAUGGUUUAUCCGCAACAGCCUAUGGUGAAAACAAGGACUAUAGAAUUGAUCCAGUAUGACAAGCUUCCUGCUGGACAGAGUGCGAUUGUGGCUGUCAUGAGUUAUUCCGGAUACGAUAUUGAGGAUGCACUGGUACUUAACAGAGCGUCGCUAGAUAGAGGAUUUGGAAGAUGCCAGGUAUUUAGGAAAUACUCAACAACAUUAAAGAAAUACCAGAACGGAACUGUCGAUCGUAUCGGCGAUAUAAAGAGAGAGCCAAGUAAAGACCCGGACACCCCUGACGAAAUGGUCCCGAUAAAAAAGCACGCUGCACUCCAAGCCGAUGGUCUUGCCGCCGUGGGAGAAAAGAUAUCUGCAGGCGAAGUCUACGUCAACAAACAAGUCCCCAUAAAUACUUCAAACGCCCCUACGCUUCUAAACGAUGGCCCUCCGCUGGACGAAUACAAAGACGCGCCCAUGACCUAUAAGCUUGCAGACCAUGCCUACGUCGACAAGAUCCUCAUCUCAACAGCCGAGUCCGAGCAAACCCUCAUCAAGGUCCUCACCCGCCAAACCCGCCGCCCCGAGCUAGGUGACAAAUUCUCCUCCCGCCACGGCCAAAAGGGUGUCUGCGGCAUCAUCGCGCGCCAAGAAGACAUGCCCUUCAACGACAUUGGCAUCAUCCCGGACAUCAUCAUGAACCCGCACGGUUUCCCCUCCCGCAUGACAGUCGGAAAGAUGAUUGAGCUCCUGGCCGGCAAAGCCGGCCUCAUGUGCGGGAAGCUGCAAUACGGGACUGCGUUCGGCGGCAGCAAGGUCGAUGACAUGGCAAAGAUCCUUGUCGACAGCGGCUUCAGUUACUCCGGGAAGGACUUUGUCACCAGUGGCAUCACGGGCGAGUCCCUACAGGCAUACAUCUUCUUUGGACCAAUCUACUACCAGAAACUGAAGCACAUGGUGCAAGACAAGAUGCACUCGCGCUCACGCGGACCCAGAGCUGUCCUCACCCGCCAACCCACCGAAGGCCGAUCCCGCGACGGCGGCCUCCGUCUCGGCGAGAUGGAGCGCGACUGCCUGAUCGCCUACGGCGCCUCGCAGCUGCUGCUGGAGCGCCUCAUGCUCUCGUCGGACGUGCACGAGAUCGACCUGUGCGAGAUGUGCGGGCUCAUGGGCUACAGCAACUGGUGCACCACCUGCCAGUCCAGCAAGGGCGUCGUCAAGAUGAAGAUCCCAUAUGCUGCGAAGCUGCUCGUCCAGGAGCUGCUCAGCAUGAAUGUGCUCGCUAGGAUAAAGCUCGAGGACGUGUUUCCGUAUGGGGAGGGGGAUGUGAAGGAGGCGUAG